UUGAUUACCUCACCAUAUAAUGUGGCUAUAUAAGGAACGCAAGCAGCAUAUCCUAUCUUGACUUUUCCUCCAGGAUUUUGCUGAAGGUGGUAGGCGAACAGGUCUAGAAAUAGUUUUAUCAAUAGCCGAGACGGAGGGGGAGGACAUCAAAAGACAGGCAUUGGAGUCGACAAUCACGGUUUCCGAUUGGGAGCGGCGCACAAUGGUAUCGAUAGACCGCCCACUCGUCACUGCUUCUCCAACUAUCUUGAGAAAGGCGGGUGCAGUGAAACCGCAGAAGAGCGUUCGAUUCGAUAUGCCCGCUCCGCUAUCGCCUAUGUCCGUUGAGGCCGAGGUAUCGUCCAAUCAGCGGACCUCCACGCUUAAUGUACAAGAUGUGGGCAUUAUUGUGAAACAAAUUGGAACUGCUUUACGGAAUAAAUUGGAGGGUGACUCUUCACUUUACCUUAUUAUUAUUGAUAUCUUGUCGCGACGACCACCCCAAUCCGGUUGUCUCCCUUCAUCCUCCCUGGUGUAUUGGCUACGCGCCUUCUCUCAAAUAGUUUCCAGCCUUACACCCACUUUCCAUGACAUGGUGGACGCGAUCCUUUCACUGGAUUGGGUGUCGUGCGAAGACGAGACCGUGGCCGUCUAUGGCCAUUUAAUUCAAAACCUUGUCAGCGCCCAUGCGGUUUAUGUAGCCCCUGUAACGAGAAUGCUUGUACGAAACCUCCGUGAAGGAGGUAACUCGUCAAUAGCGCCCUCACUGCACUUUGAUCGUGUGCAUAACAUGCUUCGAAGUGUCCUCGCACUGAUACCCACCGGUCCAUCUUUUAUGCUUUCCAUCAUCACCGAAAAUUUUCCUCACAAACGCGAAGCCCUAGACGUACACGUAUACUACCUUCGAAAUGUCCUACGCAUAGUAGAAUAUGCUCCUGUAUUGCGAGAUCAAGUUUUGGCGCUUAUAAUAGAUCGUAUUGUGCAAAUUGAUGUCGAAAUUCAGGUGGAAUUGGAUGAUUUGGACGAUGAUUUAUGGGAAGAAGUCCAACGAACAGUCUUUACUACGGAGACGGAUAAUCCGGAUAGCGUAUGGAGUAAGGCGCAAACUGGCAUGGCCACCGACGCUAAUGGUGACGAGGAUGAGGAUGAUUUAGACUUUGGUUCUGAUGAUGAGGAGGAAAUUUCUCCAAUAGCGGUGGAUUUCAAGCAAGUUGUAGAAAAGUUGGAUGCAAUGUUGCGGUUGGUCUUUCAGUACAUACAGGAUUUUGCUGCCCAGAAUCCUGGAGACCCGCUACGGGGUUUUGUUUGACGUUCUUUUGAACGUCUUUGAUUCGCACAAGACUACCACCCAUAAACUGCGAUGCACACAAUUUCUG